AGUGUCAUGGCCAAAGUAUAAAAGAGAAGAAGUUAGUGGAAGUGCCAUAUAUUUUGUAUCCUUCGAUGUAAAUAUUAUUAAGAAGAAAAAAAAAAAGUGCAUUAUAUAUAUAUGUAAUUCUAUCUCUUUCUUUAUAUAUAUACAUUUUCGGGAUUUGAAAAUUUUUUGCAUCUUGAAUUAAAGAAAAAAUAUUUUCAUAGGACAGUUGCAAUCUUAUGGUCAAACGGAAAACAUCACGAAACAAAAUAAAAUAGAAAAACAAACAAUCUUCCGGUUUAAUUUUUUUUUUUUUACUAUUUUUGAUAAAAACACUUUUUUCGGUCUUAUCUUAUCUUUAUGCCUCGCUCUAUGAUCAGGAACAAUUUUCAAAAAUAGAAACAUACAAAAUAACAAUAAACAAUUUAUUAACUUGCAUUGAAGAAAGGAGAGUGUGUGUUUUAUUUUGAAGUUUUAUGUGAUUUUUUUAGUCUAAAUUUACACUCGCCCUAAAUGUUUUAUUUUAUUUUUAAUAAAAAUCUUCAUCAUCGGUUUUCUUCUUCAUCGUCAUAGUCGCAAUCGUAUGCUUUCACUCUCGUUUUUUCGUAUGUACGCAUGUUGAAAACGCACUCUUUUGAGAGCAGGCGUUUAUUUUAAUUGGGUCACUGGAUGAAUAUAAUAUAAAAACAAACGAAACGAACGAAAACAGUGACGACAAAACUGCGUUCUAUUCUACGCAUCAUCAUAAUCAUCAUCAUCGGCAUAGUGAAUAAUACUCAUCCCCCAAAUUUUAACAACGAAGGAAAACCAAGAAGUGGAGGAGUUUCAUCUAUAGGCCUCCACUUCACCGUUCAAUUUUUUGGACUCUAAAAUUUUUCAUAUAUACACUUUAAUGUAUGUAAUACACAAAACAACAACAAAAAACACAAAAUCACUUUGAGUGAGAGUGCGAUGUUUAGUGGAGUCGUUGGUGGUGUGUCAUGGUGUUUUAAAAAUUCCUCAAAUCAGUCUAAAUGAACAUUUCGAAAGUAAAAGUUAAACACACACAAUAAUGAUUUAGCAUUAAAAGCAAUAAUAUAAUAUAGUUCCGUUAUUUUUGUUUAAUUAUGUGUUUUUUAUGAAACAAACAAAAACAAAAAAAAAACAAAAUUAAAAUGAAAUAUAUUUAAAUUCCGUUAACUUAAAAAAAAACACACAAACAAGUUCAAUAGUUAGUUUAAAGUGUCCCGUUUUUUAUCAUUCUGUUUUUUUUUUCUGUUUGUGUUUUGUUUGUUUUCGGCGUAGAGAUAAAAAAAAAAUAUCAAUAAAAUUGAUAUAAAAUAAAAAAAAAGGAAAAUCCAAAGGAAAAACCCAACAAAUUAGGGUUUAAAUUAUUUUACCGUUCUGAACGAUUUUUUACCAAAUUACAAAUUAUACUUAUCCAAUUUUAUAAAAAUGGAGUUAGUUACGAAUAACAAUCUUCCUCACGGCACCAAAAAUGUCCCACCACAUGCAAAUACAAAUUCAUCCACCGAAACACUUUUAGCUGGUAUAUUGGAUUCUUUUCCUGCUUGGGAACUGAAUACAGCACUUCUUCAAAGUACCCAAAUAUCUUCACCAGUACACAAUGAUUUCCUUAUGAAUGGAAUGUUUAGUACACAACCUACACAACCACUUGUCCGUAAUUCAAGAAUGUCACCGGGAUCAAGUAACUCGAGUAGUUCGAGCAUUCAUUGUGGCGCUGGAUGUGAUAGUAAUGCAUCCAUUCGCUGCCUUGAUUGCAACGAAUUCAUGUGCAAUAACUGCUUACGUGACCAUCGUAACAGUCCUUUGUCCUCAAAUCAUUCAGUGAUCUCAUUGCCAUCACCAAUUGGAUCCACUUCAACUGGAGGAAUGCCAACUGUGAUUCCAGGGCCAGCUUUUAUGUGCGAUCUACACAACGAAAUCUAUCGCUAUGUCUGUGAGUAUUGUAAGAAAUUAGUCUGUCAAUGUUGUACACUUCGUGAGCACAAGGAUCAUGACUACACCUCGAUUCAGAGCUUUGUCGAGGAGGCCAAGGAAAAGAUUGAUUUGGCUAUUGAAAGUAGUCGCAUGGGUACCAAGUGUGUUAAGGGUAGCAUUGAUAAGGCUUUGGCAUUUAUUCGCCUCAUCGAACGGAAUUGUGCUGAAUUGUCAGAUAAUAUUAGGAAAUCCUUCAGACAGUUUAUGAUUGCCAUUGAAGAUCGUGAGAGAUUUUUGCUAGACUUUGUUGAGAAACUUCGCCAGAGACGCUUGGCUUUGUUGCAUGACCAAAUGGCAGGACUUAAAUCGACUCUUUCUGGUUUAUCUGAGACAUCCGACAUGUUGCUUAAGGUCUACGAAAACUCACAUCUCAUGGAACAAAUCGAAGUUGCUCUCAAGAUCACCAAUGGUCAACGUCAAUUGGAACAGUUUGCUGCUAUUUUCAAAGAUCUCCAGCCCCGCCAAGAACUAUUUGCAUUUGUUCCUCCAGAUUUCACUAUUUUGGGUGACAUCCGCAAUCAGGGUGGAGUUGUUGUAGUCGAUGAUAAAAAUAUUCCCAUUGAAGCAGGGUCUUUGAUUCCACUGCCUGCAUCAUCAGGUCUAGCAUCUUCUACUCCACAUUCGGCCAUGACUGCUGCUGCUGCUUCUCGUCGUCCAAUUCUUCGUGAUGUGAGCUUUCGUGUACCAACGCCAUUGACCCAACGCAUGCCUAAUCCAGGUCUUGACUGGGAAAUAAGUCUUUUGCGAACUUCACCAGCUCUACAGUUUGGUGCUCCCAGAAUAACUCAGUGCAUUGCUGGAAGUUCUGACCACAUCAAGGUUCGUAAUUCAAAUCUACUGACACUCUCAUUUGCCACUGAGGGUCAUGAUGAUGGACAAGUAAGCCGUCCGUGGGGUCUUUGUGUUGACAAAAUGGGCAACAUACUAAUUUCCGAUCGUCGCAAUAAUCGCGUUCAAGUAUUUAACCCUGAUGGAACGUUUAAAUUCAAAUUCGGUCGCAAAGGUGUUGGAAAUGCUGAAUUCGACUUACCAGCUGGAAUUUGUACUGAUUGUGAUAAUCGUAUCAUAGUCGUUGACAAAGACAAUCAUCGUGUUCAAAUAUUCUCGGCCAAUGGAAUUUUCCUCUCGAAAUUCGGUACUUUCGGAAAGGAAUACGGACAGUUCCAAUAUCCUUGGGAUGUUGCUGUCAAUUCUAGGCGUCAAAUUGCUGUUACUGAUUCGCGUAAUCAUCGUAUUCAGCAGUUUGAUUCGGAAGGUCGUUUCAUUCGUCAAAUUGUCUUUGAUAAUAAUGGACCAAGCAAGAGUAUUGCCGCACCAAGGGGAAUAUGUUAUACACCGCAGGGCAAUAUCAUUGUUUCUGAUUUCGACAAUCAUUGCUUAUAUUUGAUUGAUCCGGAUGUAAAUGAGAUUAUUUCUGCAAAAGGUCAAGAAGGCUGUGGUUUUCAAGAAUUCAAUCGACCAUCAGGAUUAUGUUGCGAUGAUGAAGGACGGAUUAUUGUCGCUGAUUCGAAGAAUCAACGUGUCAUUGUUUUUAGUCCUAACAUGGAUUAUUUGUGGGAUAUUGAAAUCCGUCCAUCAGUCAAUCCACAAAUGCCAUGUACUCUAGAUGAAAAAGAUCGCACUUGCGAUGUUGCUCUCAUGCCAGAUGGAAGAGUUGUAUUUUUAAUUGAACUCUCACCAGACUCCAAAGAAGGAUCUAAUCCUCACAAACGGUUUGUCCACGUCUAUUAGUAAAGUAAAUAUAUAAUUUCGUCUCAAUGAUUUUAUAUAUAUAUAUAUAAAAUGAAACAAAGAUCGGGUGUUAACGAAGCCUCAACGAAAAAUUAAAAGAAUUAAAAAAAAACAAGAAUCUUUCUAAAAAAAAAUAAUCAAAAAAUCUUAAAAGAAAAAAAAAAUAAAACUCAUAUUAAUUAAAUUGACCUAUAAUUUGAGUACAAAUCAACGACUUACCUCAAUUUGAAUAUCGUUUAUUCAAAACAAAAAAAAAAUCAAAAAUAUUAAAUAUUUUAAUUAAAAAGUUAAAAAAAAAUAAAUAUAAUCUAUAUUUAAUUUUACUCUUAUCGAGAGUAUAAUUUAUAUUUUAUCAAAAUGAACAAAAACAUUCUUUUAACUUUUUUAAUAUUUUCGUAUGGGCUUCAAAUUUUUUUUUAUAAAAAUACAAAUCGAACGGUUGUUGUCGAAUAAAAUAAAAAAAAUUGUAUAGACUUAAAUUUUAAGACUGAUUGUGGAAGACAGUUUAAAAAAAAAAAACAAAA